AUGCCGGCCGGCGGCUCGCAUCUCAUCCCAGAGCGGCAGAGAAGGAGCCUCAGCGCGAGCAGAGCAGGCAGCGGAGCUCUAUCGGUCAAGCAUUUCGGGGAAAUCUGCCACCUGGUGUACGGAUUCCUGAAACUGCCCUACGCGGCGAUAGGUCGAUCCGCGCCAUCGUCGUCAGCAGUCACACGGGCGGUGAAACUGGCCCACAAGCUGCUUGGCUUGAAACCGAAGAAACUUUUGUGCCAGUCGAGGCAAGGAGAGGCCAGGACUUCGCAGCAAAAUUUUCACAGACGUGCGCGGUAG